AGCUCAGCUUCGACCGGGAAGACGCCUAUUUAUUUUAUUCGAAAUGGCUUACUGAACUGAUAUAACUUACCUUUUCUCAAACGCGAAACGAUCAUUCACCGCUCGCAACAUCGAGCUCACCGUCUCUCCCUGCGCUGGUCAUAUGCAGCUGGCUGGCUGAGCUCGUGAUUAACAACUCGACGCGCCAAUUCACAUUCACAGCAAUGGGGAAUCCCAGCGAAGAAGGGAACCGCGAUUCCCUCUCAACAUCCCGCCGUCGGUCAACAUCCAUCUCCUCCGAAACCUCCACCGACUCAGGCCUAUCCAUCGACACGCCAACAGCCCAUAAGAUCCACCCAACACCCCAAGAACCAACCCCCAUGAUCGAAGGCGAACCCUACCGCGACCUCGAAGAUGGCGAGCCCCAAGCCGACGAGCCCUUCCUGGGUACGCGGAAGAAGAGCCCCUCGAGCAGCCGUACUCGUUGGGUUGUUUGGAUCCUCGGGCUCCUGUGUGUGGGUGGCUGGGUCCUAGCGCUCGUGUUGUUUAUGGUGCAGCGGAGACCGAAUUAUCAGGCUGCUAUGGAUGCGCUUGAGAUGCCGGAUUCGAAAUCUGCGACGGGGUUUACGGAUUCCGGGAAGCCGAUUACGUUGGAGCAGGUGCUUGGUGGGCAGUGGUUGGGUCGGUCGCAUGGGAUUUCGUGGAUUGCGGGGGCGAAUGGGGAGGAUGGGCUGUUGCUUCAGCAGGGGGAGAGUGAUGGGAAGGGUGGAUAUCUUCGGGUUGAGGAUAUUCAGAAUCGGAAGGGUGAUGCUCAGAGCAAGGUGUUGAUGGAGAAGGGGUAUGUGGUUGUUGAUGGGAGUGUGAUUGUGCCGUAUCGGACGUGGCCGAGUGCGGAUCUGAACAAGGUGUUGCUUUUGUCGAAUUAUGAGAAGAAUUGGAGGCAUUCGUAUACCGGCAAGUACUGGAUUCUGGACGUCGAGAGCCAGACGGCGCAGCCUUUGGAUCCGGGUAAUCCAGAUUCGCGGAUUCAGGUUGCUAUUUGGUCACCGACUUCGGACGCUGUUGUUUUCGUCAUGGAUAAUAACAUGUACCUGCGGAAGCUGUCGUCUGAGACGGUCAUUCCGGUUACGAAGGACGGUGGUAAAGAUCUGUUCUACGGUGUUCCCGACUGGGUGUACGAAGAAGAGGUCUUCUCGGGCAACAGUGUGACAUGGUGGUCGAACGACGGAAAGUACGUUGCGUACCUUCGCACCAAGGAGUCGACCGUGCCAGAGUAUCCGGUUCAGUACUUCCUGUCCAGACCCUCUGGGAAGAAACCCCUACCUGGUCUUGAAAGAUAUCCCGAGGUUAGAGACAUCAAGUAUCCCAAGUCUGGUGCUCCAAACCCGGUGGUCGACUUGCAGUUCUACGAUGUUGAAAAGGACGAAGCAUUUUCCGUUGAGAUCCCCGAGGAGUUCCCUGACGAUGACCGCAUUAUCAUGGAGGUGCUGUGGGCAACUGGAGGAAAUGUUCUGAUCCGUACAACCAACCGCGAGAGCGACAUCCUCAAGGUAUUCCUGAUCAACACAGAGACCAGAACCGGCAAGCUUGUGAGACUUGAUAAUGUCGCGGAGCUAGAUGGCGGAUGGGUUGAGCCUUCGCAGUCGACCAGAUUCAUCCCAGCUGAUCCAAACACUGGACGGCCAACAGAUGGAUAUAUUGAAACUGUGGUCCAUGAGGGAUAUGAUCACUUGGCCUACUUUGCUCCUCUGGACAACUCCGAACCGCUGAUGCUCACGAGCGGUGAAUGGGAAGUCGUGGAUGCACCAUCCGCUGUCGACCUGAAAAAGGGCCUGGUUUACUUCGUCGCAGCGAAAGAAGCACCAACUCAGCGUCAUGUAUACAGCGUCAAGCUCGACGGAACCGAUCUCAAACCGUUGACAGACACCUCAAAACCGGGCUACUUCGAUAUCUCCUUCUCGGACGGCACAGGUUAUGCCCUGGUCAGCUACAAGGGCCCCUCCGUCCCAUGGCAAGCCAUCAUGAACACGAAGGGCGAAAAGGCUACAUACCAGGAAACAAUCGAAGAAAACAAAGAACUAGCCCGCCUGGUUCAGCAAUACGCCGUCCCGACCGAGAUCUACUCAAAUGUCACCAUUGACGGCUUCACUCUCCAAACCGUUGAGCGCCGCCCUCCACACUUCAACGCUGCCAAGCAAUACCCCGUCCUCUUCCAUCUGUACGGCGGACCCGGCUCGCAAACCGUGGACCGUAGAUUCAACAUCGACUUCCAAUCCUACGUUGCCUCAAAUCUGGGAUACAUCGUUGUUACCGUUGACGGACGCGGAACCGGCUUCAUUGGUCGCAAGGCUCGCUGUAUCGUGCGCGGAAACCUGGGAUACUACGAAGCACACGAUCAGAUCGCGACUGCGAAGAUCUGGACUGCGAAGCCGUAUGUUGAUGAGAGCCGUCUUGCGAUUUGGGGAUGGAGUUAUGGUGGAUUCAUGACUUUGAAGACCAUCGAGCAGGACGCUGGCCAGACGUUCCAGUAUGGUAUGGCUGUUGCGCCUGUUACGGACUGGAGAUUUUAUGACUCCAUCUACACAGAACGCUACAUGCACACCCCCGACCACAACCCCAACGGCUACGACAACUCCUCGAUAAACGACAUGUCCGCACUCCAAGAAAACGUCCGCUUCACAAUCAUGCACGGCGUCUCAGACGACAACGUCCAUCUACAGAACACCCUAGUCCUCCUCGAUAAGCUGGACGUCGCUGGUGUCGAGAACUACGACGUCCAUGUCUUCCCGGACUCGGAUCAUAGUAUUAACUUUCAUAAUGCGCAUAAGAUUGUUUAUGAUCGACUGUCAAACUGGCUCGUCAACGCCUUUAAUGGCGAGUGGCAUACGAUUGCGCAUCCAGUUCCUGAGGAGUCGAUUUGGGAACGGGCUAAGAGGUCUAUUUCGGUUUUUGCAUCUUGAUGAGUUGCUUUGGUUUUAGUAUAGAUUUCAUUUUGUGGCGAAGCGUUGGAUUGUACUGGUUGCAAUUGGAUUUUUGCUAUUGAAUAUAGGGCGUUUUGAUGGCUUUGAUAAUUGAAUUUAAUUGUGGACAACUUGAGAUGCUUGACACG